UGCCUCAAAGUGACCACGGACCAAGCAGCCUCUAAUGGACAGGCAAAACCAAACUCUGGUCUCCUAGAAAAGAAGAAAUGUUCAUCUGAAGUUCAUCACCUUUCCAGAGGCUUCAAGUACUGAAAAGAACACAAGAAGAAAACAAGUUUCAGGGCCUCUGGGCUUCCUGUUGAGAGCAAAGAGUGUAUGAAGACGAUUCAAAUAUGUCAGAGACUUCCUCCCACGACUCCUUCUAUGAUUCCUUAUCAGACAUGCAGGAAGAAAGCAAGAAUGCUGACUUCUUCCCGGGGCUGUCUGCUUUUCUCAGCCAGGAAGAGAUAAACAAGAGCCUUGACCUGGCUCGGAGAGCUAUAGCCAACUCUGAAACAGAGGAUUUUGACUCAGAGAAAGAGAUCUCACAGAUUUUCAACACCUCUCAUGUCAGCCUCUGUGAAAAUCCUUCCCACAAGGAGACCAAAUUGGGUGAGCAAACCUCCUCAGGAAAACCUCAGAAGAACAAACCAACACCUAUCCAGCCUCCGGCAGAAGAACCAAAGGAGAGGAUCUCUUCACCUGUUUCAAGGAGGAAAUCUACCGUGUCCCCUCAGUUUGCUAGGCCCAGUUAUAUCCGGAGCCUCCGAAAGGCUGGAAAACGGGGUGCAAAAACGCCCAGUACAAAUGCAAAGCCCAAACCAGCACACCAGAGUAAGGCUGGUCCCCAGAGGGAGCUGUGCGACAAGGCAGCCAAUUUCAUUGAGGAGCUGACAUCCAUAUUUAGAGGGGUAAAACCAAGAAAUAGGAGCCCAAAUGGGGAGUCGUCAUCACCAGACAGUGGGUACCUGUCUCCUAAAAAUCAGCCAUCAGCCCUGAUGACUGCCUCGGCCAGUCAGAGCCCCACAGACCAUCAGGACAUGGAAGCAGAGGUCAAGUUACCUGAGGCCAGGCAUUGCUACCAGACUGAGCAGGGUGUGCCCAGGCCACGGUGCAAUAGCAUCUCUCACCUGCAGCCCCCAAAGGCCCCCCACUUCCCAUCCGCACCUCGGUUCAUCCAGAAGCUGAGGAGCCAAGAAGUCGAGGAAGGAAGCCGCGUUUAUUUGGAGUGUAGAGUCACUGGGAACCCGACUCCUCGAAUCAGGUGGUUCUGUGAGGGGAAGGAGCUACACAACACUCCUGACAUUCAGAUCUUCUGUGAGGGUGGGGACCUCCAUACCCUGAUCAUCGCAGAGGCCUUUGAGGAGGACACAGGCCGCUAUACCUGUCUGGCUACAAACCCCAGCGGCUCAGACACAACAUCUGCAGAGGUGUUCAUUGAAGGAGCCAGUUCAACAGAUUCUGACAGUGAAAAUUUGGCUUUCAAAUCAAAAGCUGGAGAUAUGCCACAAGCUCAGAAGAAAACAACUUCGGUUUCCUUGACAAUAGGAUCAUCAUCUCCAAAAACAGGAGUGACUACAGCUGUGAUUCAGCCUUUAUCUGUCCCGGUUCAACAGGUUCACAGUCCAACUUCAUAUCUCUGCCGUCCUGAUGGAACCACAGCCUGCUUUCCUCCAGUUUUUACAAAGGAACUGCAAAACACCAUGGCUUCUGAGGGCCAGGUGGUGGUCCUGGAGUGCCGGGUACGAGGAGCUCCCCCGCUGCAGGUCCAGUGGUUCCGGCAAGGAAUCGAAAUCCAAGACUCUCCAGAUUUCAGAAUUCUACAGAAAAAACCUAGAUCCACAGCAGAACCUGAGGAGAUUUGUACCCUUGUUAUUGCUGAGACUUUCCCUGAAGAUGCAGGAAUUUUUACCUGUUCAGCAAGAAAUGAUUUUGGAUCAGUGACCAGCACUGCCCAGCUAGUUGUCACCUCAGCCAAUACAGAGAGCUACAAUUACAAUACAAUGGGAAAAUCCAACAACGAUCACUUUCCACAUUUUCCACCCCCGCCUCCAAAUUUGGAGACAAAUUCCUUUGAGUUGGCUUCCAAGAAACCAUCUGAGAACCAGCAGGUGAACAGCCCUGGUCUUGGACUCAGUAUGGCACCCCUUCAAAUGCAAUUCAGUUCUCCUGAGAGAGAAACUAACGGAGUCCAUCCCAGUCAUGGAGUAAAUGGACUGAUCAAUGGCAAAGCCAACGGAAGUAAGUCUCUACCAACACCAGCUGUGCUGCUUUCGCCUACUAAGGAGCCACCACCUCUGCUCGCCAAACCAAAACU